AUGGAACCCCGAGAGGAGGAGAACCAGCCGUUGAUUGCUCCCGGCUUCAUCCGAGGAACGGCAUCCGCAAGUAGCAACCGCAGCGGCGGGUCCUCCUGGGCCGUAGGAUCGCCUCCACCAUCUGCAUUUGAAGCGUCGGGAACCGUCGGAUUAGCACCAGUGACAGGGUCGGGAGCGACGGUAUCCCCUGUCCACACGGCGCGUUCUGCGGAUUCCACGUCUGCGAACUGGGCCUUUCAUGCAGAAGCCACAGACAGGGAUUAUCGAAGCCCGUCCGUCUCGCCAUUCGCGUCGCCAAUUGCGGCGUCUGCUGUGCCGCCGUACGCGGCGCCGGUUGCGGCGUACAGCAACCACGAGGCGUUCGCGUUUACUGUCGACAUGCGCGGCGAAGGGGCGGCAGGAGUGGGGCCAGCAGGAGUGGGGCCAGCAACAGGAGGGGGUGCUGCGGGGAGAGGCGGGGAGGUGGAGGACAGGGGGAGCGCACCGUGGGCGAUGGCGCGGGCAGUGGAAAGGGGGAUGAGCGGCGAUCCCGCUGAUGGGCUCGAGCAGGGACGAGGGUGGGGCGAGGAAGCAGCAAGGAGAGGGAGAGAAGCGUGGGGAGAGGGAGAGAAGCGUGGGGAGAGGGACGAGCGUGGGGAGAGGGACGAGCGUGGGGAGAGGGACGAGCGUGGGGAGAGGGACGAGCGUGGGGAGAGGGACGAGCGUGGGGAGAGGGACGAGCGUGGGGAGAGGGACGAGCGUGGGGAGAGGGACGAGCGUGGGGAGAGGGACGAGCGUGGGGAGAGGGACGAGCGUGGGGAGAGGGACCCCGCUGAUGGCGUCGAGCAGCCCCUCCAAUCCGCCCGCCUGGCACCAAUCAAAUCCCCCGAGCUGAGGGCCAUUCUGCAACUCUCCUGCUGGCAGGAGGUUGGCAGGCCCCCCUGUACCAACCACAACUCUCUCCUUCCCCCUCCCUUGCAUCCCCCAACUCCCCUCACCUCCCCUUUACCCCCUCCUCUCCCCCAUCAGCCGCUGCAAUCCCGCCUGGCGCCUCUAGAAUCCCCCGAGCUGAGGGCCAUUCUGCACAAGUCCGCCUCCAUGCUGCGCUUUGAGUCCAUCCGCCGCCGCAAGGGGUCUGGUUCCGACGACUCCCUCGCCUCGCAACAGCACCUGCUGCCGCCCGGGGCGGCGGGCAGCGUUGGGAGUGGACGGCGCAGUUUGUCCCGGGCUGACAGUGGCGGGAGUGCGGGGAGCUUUGGCAGUGCGGGAGGGGGAGGGGGGAGUGGGAGUAACAGCUUGAAUGUGACUCCGGAGAGUAGCUUUCACCGCGGGGAUAUGUACAGUGGGAGCAUGUUCGAGGCCAUCUCAGAGGUGCCUCCAUCAAGCGAGGCGGCAGGGGAGGGCGAGGGGGGCGAGGGCGGGCCAGAUUCGGUGUAUCUAUCAGACUGGGUGAUCAACCCGCAGGCAUCGCUGUACCAGCAGUUCCAGGCGGCGCUGCUGCUGCUGGCCAUCCUCAUCGGCAUCGUGGAGCCCUUCAACGUGGCGUUCCUCGACACCGAGAAUGUGUUCACGCCAGUCAACGUCUUUAUCUAUUGCACCGACGCUGUGUUUCUGAGCGACGUGUUGCUCAGCUUCUUCGUGCCCGAGUUCCGAAUGGGCGAGUGGAAGACCAGCCUCGCCACCAUUGCCGUCGAGUACCUACGGGGCAUGUUCUGGUACGACAUGCUAGCAGCGCUGCCAUGGGAUCUGGUGCUCAAGGGCGUGUAUCAGCCCACCGGCACCGCUGCUGUCGCCCUCUCCGCCUUCGGCCUGCUGCGACUGCUGCGCCUCAUCCGCCUCUGGAACGUGCUGUGGGACAUGGCCGUGGACGUGCGGUACGACUACAUCUCCACCAGUGUGCACAAGUUCGCCCUCCUCAUCCUCUUCGCCGCCCACUGGUCCGCCUGUGUCUUCUUCCUCCUCGCACGCGUGCGCAACUUCAGUGAGGACACGUGGGUGGGGCACUGUGAGCCCGACCUGCCUCUGCGCCCUCCACUCGACGCCUAUGUCACAUCCAUCUACUGGGCGAUGACCACCCUCUCCACCACAGGCUACGGCGACCUGUCAGCCUUCACAGUACCGGAGCGCAUGUGGGCAGCACUGUUCAUGCUGGUGAACCUGGGCCUCACGGCGUACGUGCUGGGCAACAUGACCGUGCUGCUCACCAAGGCCGACGCCCACACUGCCACAUACCGCGACCGCCUCGCUGCCAUCAACCGGUACAUGCGGGCACAUGUGGUGCCGGCCUCACUGCAGGAGCAAGUGCAGGCACACCUCAAGCUGCACUUCGACACCGCAGAGGUGAGGGACGAUGUGUUGUUGCACUGCCCAUCAUCCGUGCGCACGCUGGUGAAGCGCCACGUGUACUCGCGCUUCGUCAACUCCUCCUACCUCUUCGCCGGCACCUCCAAUGUGUUCCGCGACCAAGUGACAACGCGGGCCAAUGUAGAUUUCUUCCUGCCACACGUGGACCUGGUGGCAGCAGGCAACAGCACCACGGAGCUGCUCAUCAUUGCCUCGGGGCAGGCGCAGGUGCUGGUGCGGGACAAGGACGGCAACGAGAUGCAGUGCUGGAGCGGGGAGGUGUGGGGAGUGCAUGGGGAGGUGUGGGGAGUGCAUGGGGAGGUGUGGGCCCUGGGGAGGGAAGGUGUGGGGAGUGCAAGGGAGGUGUGCAGAGAGCAAGGGAGACCUGUGGACGGUGCGAAUGCUGUCGGUGUCCUUCCAUACCCAGCUAAACGCCGAUGUGCUGCCCUACCCACUCCCUCUCCACCCCCCUUAGAGAUCGCCUUCCUGUGCGACCUCACGGAGCUGUGGACGGUGCGCACGCUGUCGGUGUGUCGGGUGCUCUCCAUCUCACGAGACGACUACCGCUCCGUGGCUCGCACUCACCCCGCUGACGACCGCCACGUCAUCGCCAACCUGCUUAACCGGGCGCGCAGCAGGGCGGAGGCGACGGCCCGGUUCUACCCCGGCAACAGCACCAUGGCGGAGCUGUCUCUGCUGCUCAAGAACGAGGUCGAGCCCUUGCACAUUAGUUCAGUGGGUGCAGCAAGAGACUUCUGCAACGAGUCCAUUGCGUUCCGCUGUUCACCUCCCUCUACCCCACAUCUCCCUCUACCCCACAUCUCCACAUUCCGCCUGCCCACCUCACUCCCUCACUUCCACCUUCUUCGCCUACCCGCCUCCCUCACUCAUCAUUCCUCUGGCUCAACCCUUGCACAGUCUUCGUUCCGCAACCGGCUGGUGCAGGAGACGCUGAUGAACCUGUGCUAUGCUGCCAAGCGUGGCGACAUGCUGGAGUGCUUCCGCCUCGCCGCUGGCGGCUUUGAUGUGGCGGCUGCUGACUACGAUGGCCGCACGCCCAUGCACCUAGCAGCAGUGACAGGGCAGGACAAGGUGGUGCCGUCUGACCUCCUUCCCCCACACCAUGUCCCCUCUCUUCCCCCCACUUUCCCUCUCCUCUAUUCCCCCCUCCCCUCCACCAGCACCUAG